GGUACUAGCUAGUCUACGAAAGAUAUUUGUUUCAUUUUUCUCUCUUAAAAUCUUUGCAAUUGUGUAAAAUACGAUAAUAAAACUGUGAAAAUUAUUGAUACUGUGCAAAUGCAUUCGAUUUUUCAAAGUGAUGGACAUUUAUAUUCAUAGAUUGGAUUAGAUUGAGAACACGUGCUUAGGUUGAACAAUUCAGAAUUAAGUGUUUCAGGAGAACAUGUGCGGUCAUUUUGGUAUGCAGAACUUGACGGAAGAAAGUGAAAGAAAUACUGCGUCAAUGAUGCGGUUUGAGUGCAUGAGAAUUGCUUCCUUUCGUAAUUUUCCCGAUUAUCUUCUAGUCAGCUCAUUCCGUCUUGCCAGAGCUGGGCUUUACUACACCGGAUAUGGCAGUGAGUGCCGAUGUUACUUCUGUGGAUUUCGUCAGGAUGACUGGAACCGCCGGAUUUCUCGAAAUCACUGCGAUCAUUCUUUGGAUGGUACACCGGGUGCCAGCGAAUAUAGUCCAUUACAGCUGCAGAGAAAUGAUGAAUCGGCAAAUAACUCAAAUGUUGCUCUUAGUAGAUCGGUUCUUCUAAUUAACAAUAACCGAUAUAGAGACAGAUUAGAUAGUUUCAGAAAUUGGCCAAGGCAAAUUACCCUGAGGCCAGAUGAGUUGUCUGCGGCUGGAUUUUUCUACUCAGGGUGUGGAGAUAGGGUUCAGUGCUUUUCCUGUGGUGGACAACUGCGCGGAUGGGAACGAGAUGACGUGCCUUUUCAUAGGCACCUCCGUUGGUUUCCUGAUUGCUCAUUCAUCAAGCAAUGUUUUCAGCAGCCACUAAGCUUUGCGCCUACAAGUGUGCCGUCAGGUGUCGACCAAAGAGUAAUUAGAGAGGUAUUACAAUGUGGAUUCCACCAGACAGACAUUGAGAAAGCAAUCUGUGAACUUAGCAUCAGAAUGAUCACUGAAGAAAUCACUGCCAUGGAGAUUCUGCAGUUUCUCUAUCAGGGAGAGCAGGAGACUGAGGACUUUCAUCAUUCAAUUGUGGGACCUUGUGUUGUGUGUGUCAGUGAAGAGAGGGGCACGCUGUUCUUACCUUGUACUCACAUCUGCUGCUGUCGUGGUUGUGGACAACGGUGCUAUCUAUGUCCACUUUGUAGAGCCAGGGUAAAGGCGCGGAUCCAGGUUUACAUUUAAGGAAGUAAUACCAUAUGCAUAACUAUACACCUCUGAUGUUACAGAUUUUCUAUUUACAGUGGGAUAUUCCCUUAAUGCUGUGUAUAUAUCGAUUUAUAAAUUUUAUAAGAUAACUUACCAUUUGUUUACUUUUUUACAGUUUGUAUAUCUAGUCAUCAAACAAGAUUGAUAUAC